CUGAAAUAUUGGAUAAAUUCGGUAUUUUUUCUAACAUUUGACGACCCGAGAUGGAUGUCAAUUGAAACUUUGGACAUUAUUCUUAAAAUACGACCGAUGAUUCAAAUGAAUAAUCUGCAAUUUGAUCGUAUGGUUCAUCUCUGAAUAUCAGACAGAUGUAGCUAUCAAACCAAUGGUAAUCAUGAAUGGUGAAGUUCCAAGUGUUCCCAUAACAACACUUGCGGGAAUUACAAGUUUGACAGAUCUAUUACCAGAGCUGCCAUUACCGACACCAUUGCCAUCAACAGUUCAAAACAAAAGUCUCCUCUAUCAUGCCAGAUUAGCAGAAAGUGCGAAGAGGCACUUGUCCAAAAGAGAUGAUGGAUUGACUCAACAGAUUGUCCAUGCCUUGCGACAGACGUCUACUGAUCAUAUAGAGCUAAAGGACAGUUUGGUGGGUGAUAGUAUUGAAGGUGACAUACCCGAGCUUUUGCGAGGAGUGCUAGCCACAGAUCCAAAUGUAUUCAAAGGAACAAGAAGUCAGACAAGUGGUAGGACUGGGAAUCGCAGUCAGCAGAAACAGCAGCCUUCUGUGGCCCCCUAUCCUGUCCAAAACUUCCAGAAUUUCCCACAAAAUAAUACACCAAGAAUUAACCAGCAACACAGUCCUGCAAGAGCAACAGAUCAUUCAGGAUCUUAUCCUCAAAACUCGUCAUCUAAGUUCCAACAGUCCUUUCAGAACUUUGCACAGACAUCAUAUUCCAAUGUCGCAGGUACAAUGAAUGGGGAACACCCUGGCACUCCUGAGGGUCAUUACAUUGGCCGGAAUGUAAACCAAAAUUCAAGAAACACAGCACCAGUGGCCUCUCCUGCCCAAGCCACAGUAGCUGAACCUUUAAUACCAGUUGCAAAACAGCCAGAGUCAUUGAUGCCAAAACAUACUACAGCUAAUCCCCAGAAGUAUCCACCAAUGAAGCAGCCUAUUGUCCUAUUGGAGCAACUAUCACACCAAUCCCUUCCUUCCCAUGGUAGUAACAAGAAGAAAAGUACAGGCCAGCCAUUUGUAAUGUUGGAGCCCCUUGAUGAGAAGACCCUAAAGUCAAUCAAAUAUGGAGGCUCAGUGAAAGCCAAGUCUGACCGAAGAUCAGGAAGCAAGAGACGUUACGAUGAUGAUAGCGAUGGCUAUUCCUCCAGAAGAAAGAGAAGGAGAAAUUACAAUGCAGAUGACGAUAGUGAUGUGGAAAUGAUUGAAUCCGAUUCUGAUUCAGAGAUGGAAGUUGCAAGAAAAAAGAAAAAAGACAAGCGACAUAAGCGGGUGAACCAACAAGCUUUGUCUGUAGAAGAGCUGCUUGAGAGCCCAACUUUUAAGAAGUUUAGCACGGCCAUGGAAUAUAUCCUGGACAGUGCAGAAGACAUAAAUUUUGGGUCUUUGGAUCCCAAUGAUGAAGACACAGAGUGUCCACCAGAAUCUCUUAUAUCAAAACAAAUCCUUACAGAACUUGUAGGAGAAACGGCCAAAUUGAAAUCUAUGGGUGUAUUAAACCAGGUACCAGCUGACAAACUUGUGAAACUUCUGACAGUGUUACAGUGGAAUAUAAGAGAUGGUACAAAACUUUUACCAAAUAUGACACAGGACAUAGACGAUGAAGAAGAACAAAAAUUAUGGCGUCACUUAACUAUGGAAAGAGUAAUGCGUAGCAUGGACUCCUCUCUCACUGCCCUGUACAUCAUGACGUCCAAGGAAAUGCCCAAAAAUGUUUACCUGGAGGAUGUAAUAGAGAGGGUCAUCCUGUAUGGCAAAUUUCAGUUGCAGAAUACUGUGUACCCUGAGUAUGAUCCAGUGUACAAGGUGGACCCAAAGAAGGAUGGCUACCACACAAGUUCUAAGUUAAAACGAGCUCGGGCAGGACAGGUGAAGCACAAGUCCACAAUCAACCUCUACAAUAAAAUGGCAGACUUGGUGGAUAACCUAGGACAACUGAUAGACAUACAGGAAAUGACAGACACCACCAUAUUACAGGUGUCGACUUUAGGAGUAUCCCCUUUCUUUGUGGAAAACAUCAGUGAACUGCAGUUGAAUUCCAUGAAGCUGGUAACGACGAUCUUCACACACUAUGAAAAACAUAGGCAGCUUAUAUUAGAGGACAUAUUUGCCAGUCUGGCAAGGUUGCCAUCAAGCAAACGGAAUCUCAGGAACUACAGGUUGAACUCGGAGGAAUCAAUACAGAUGGUGACAGCCUUGGCUCUCCAGCUAAUACAGUGUGUGAUCAAGCUGCCAUCACAGUUUAACUCUGGACCGGAACCCAUAGUAGAGGAAGAACCUGUCCCAUCUUCCUCCUCCUCCUCCAAACGAGGACACCAGAAUCAAAAGAAGAAAAAGCCAGAGAAUGAACAAGAUGUUUUAAUUGUCACGUCCUUUGAGAAUGCUAUGAGAACAGGAUAUAACUUCCUGUCAGUCUUCUUAAAAAAGUGUACUGUGAAAGGAGAGGAAGAUUAUCGACCUUUGUUUGAAAACUUUGUCCAAGAUCUCCUCUCUACCGUCAACAAACCAGAAUGGCCCUCAUCAGAGCUCAUGCUCAGUCUCCUUGGCAGAAUCCUUGUAAAGCAGUUCAGCAAUAAAUCUGUAGAUAUGUCUCUCAGGGUAGCGUCUUUAGAAUAUCUGGGCAUUGUUGCGUCCCGGUUACGUAAAGAUGCUGUGUCUAGUCAACUGAACCAGGAAUCCAUUGACGAGAUUGUUGCCAAGGUGAAUGAAGUGGACAGUGAUGAUGAAGCCCCACGGCGAUCCUCAAGGGGAGGCAAGACUUCACCUGUGCAGGAAGGUGUAAAUGACUCAGCUGAGGACCAAACACAGAGUUUACAAAAGGCUAUGCUAGAAUAUCUCACUUACAAUAGUGAGAGUGAGCCGGCUUACUGGUUUGCUUGUCAGUUCUAUAUCGCUCAAUGGUAUAGAGAUGCAACAAUGGAAGCUGAGAAGUCUGGAGCUUCUCAUGAUGAAUUUGAUGAAACUGAAGCGGAAAUGACAACUGAAGUCCUCCAAAACACAGAAAGGCGGAAAAAUUUCCUCCUGAAACAAGUGGAACUCACUAUGCUAGCACACAAGUCAGGAAGACCGCCACCGAGCAACUUGGAACAUGACAGUGCAUGUCUGAUAGCCAGAUACCUGUCCUCUAAACGCCCAUUUGCACAAAGUUUUGAUAUUUAUUUGACACAGAUUUUGCGGGUACUUAGUGAAACAGCUGUGGCUGUGCGGACAAAGGCGAUGAAAUGUCUGACAGCUGUGGUGGAGUCUGAUCCUGGUAUUCUGGCCAGGACUGACAUGCAGAAGGGUGUUCAUGGCCGGUUCCUAGAUCAGUCAACGAUGGUACGAGAGGCAGCAGUGGAAUUAGUGGGGAGGUUCAUCCUUAUCCGUCCAGAUCUCAUUCCUAAAUAUUAUGAUAUGUUAUCAGACAGAAUCCUGGACACAGGAAUUAGUGUACGCAAACGGGUGAUAAAGAUAUUCAGAGAUAUCUGUAUAGAGCAAAGUGACUUCCCAAAAAUUCCUGAAAUGUGUGUUAAGAUGAUUAGACGGGUGAAUGAUGAGGAAGGCAUCAAGAAACUAGUUAACGACGUGUUUCAGACAAUGUGGUUUACUCCACUCAGCACCCGAGACAAAGAUACCUCAAAGCUGCUCCAACGAGUGGUGAAUAUCACAGAUGUGGUCGCAGCAUGUAAAGACACUGGUUUUGAAUUCUUUGAGCAGUUGUUAGAAAAUCUUUUGAAGAAGGAUGAAGAAGGCAACUACAACAAGAGUGCAGUGACAUCAUGUCGACAGAUUGUGGACUGUUUAGUGGAAAAUGUCCUUUCCCUUGAAGAGCGCAGUGUUGAUGUGGAUUCAGUGAAGGGUUGCAGUCAGCGACUCGUGGCCUGUCUGUCCACUCUGUUUCUGUUCAGCAAGAUUAAACCUGACCUGAUGAUCAAACACGCCACAACACUUCAGCCAUACCUGGACAUCAAGUGCAGUACACAGGGAGACUUCUAUGUACUACACUAUGUAGCCAGGAUCCUGGAGGUGGUCGUGCCAUUGAUGGACCACCCCAGUGAAUCAUUUCUUGCCCAGUUAGAGGAGGACAUGAUCAAAUUAAUCUUAAAACAUGGCAUGAUGGUGCUCCAGAGUUGUGUUCGGUGUUUAGGUGCUGUUGUAAAUAAUGUUAGCCAUAACUAUGCCUUAGUCAAAGACUGCUUCCAAAAGUUCUUCGGUGUGUUGUCACGUUUAAUGGCAGACCACAAAGACGACCCUGAUAAUGCUACACUGAAAAUCAGAAAACCAACGCUACUCAGGUCCCUGUUCACAGUGGGGCUUUUGUGCAAACACUUUGAUUUUGAUUCCAGUGAAAUGGGUGAAACCAAGACAUCCGUGAAAGACAAGGUGUAUGAUGUUCUGCAUUACUUUGUCUUCCAUGAAGAUGAAGAAGUCCGUACCAAAGCUUUGACUGGUUUAGGGUUCCUGUUUGUGCGUCAUUAUGAAUUCAUGCUUGGAUCUAAGGCGAAGGAGUUGUAUGUUGACUUUUUAACAAACGACAACACCCCAGUUCGAUUAAAAGUUCAGGUGUUAAAGAACCUUCAGUAUUAUCUCCAAGAAGAAGAGGUCCGUAUGCAAAAGGCAGAUGCAGAAUGGAGAAAACAUUCUAAGGAGGAAGAUUUGAAGGAAAUGAACGAUAUUCAAUCUGGAAUGGCCAGUACAGUGAUGCAAGUUUAUCUGAAACAAGUGCUGGAGUCCUUCUUUAACCAGCAGUCCCAAGUCAGAAUGGCAGCUCUUAGUGUGAUAAACCUUGUCCUCCGACAGGGGCUGGUACACCCUGUCCAGUGUGUGCCGUAUUUGAUCAGUUUUGGAACUGACUCAGAGCAAUCAAUCAGGGUGAAAGCUGACCAGCAGCUACAGGAAAUAGAAAAGAAAUACCCUGGCUUCAUACAUAUGAAAUCAUUACAUGGACUGAAGCUAUCCUACCGCCUUCAACAAAUCCUCCAGGAUGACCAUUCAAAACCUAUUCGAGGAAUGAGAAGUCCAGAUGAAAAUGUACAGAGUCUGAAUGCAUACUUAUAUACAGUGCUGCGGAGUAAUCGUCCACAUCGGAGAGCUAUUCUCACCACUCUUCUCAACCUGUUUGAUGAUUCUGCUAAAAUAACGUUAGCAGAGCAAGUGUAUAUAGCAGACAAUUUGUCCUUUUUCCCAUACCAAACUCAGGACGAGCCUUUGUUCAUCAUUCACCAAAUAGAUAUCAUAGUAUCAGUGUCGGGUUCCAACCUGCUGCAGUCUUUCAGGGAGAAGCUGUACGGCAGUGAGCGGGAAAACCAUGGGGGUCUUAUAAACAACCAAAACGGAACACAAAAACCAAUUGAUGAGGAAGAGGAUGAUGACCCAGAAGCUUUACUAGAGCGCCUUCCAGAACGUAUCCAGCCCUUACUUGAGAUCUGUCGUUUCUCCCAAGGUUGUAUUUUAUUGCUCCAUCUCAAGCAGCACCUAAAAGAGCUUUAUGGUUUCACAGAUAGCAAAAUUCACAACUAUUCCCCAGCAGAAACCAAGUUGUAUGAUAAACCUGUUUCAAGAAAGUUUCUGGUCAAGUUCAACCCAGAAACUGUGUUAGAAGUGCUUGCUGAAGGCACGCCAAAAUCUUCAGAUGACAUCGAAGUGCGGACAAAACUAGUCAAUGAUUAUUUGGAGUUCAAAGAGCUGAUGCUGUGUAUAGAUCCGCCUGAUGAAGAUGAAAGUGAUGGUGAGGGUAAGGCUGGCACACCUAACCCCGCCAAGCCAGAUGCAGCUGGAACAGCCAGCGCCCCCGCUGGCACUGCAGGCGAGGCAGCUAAGGAGGGCACAGAGAGCAAUCCUAUAGAGGCCAAUGCAGAAGCCAACUCAAGUGAGACGAGCAAACCUCACCAUCCCCCACCACCGCCCACACAUCACACAGGACAUCAUUCAACACACCAUCACUCCUUAUCAUCAAGACUCUCAAAGCAUCACCAUUUAAUACAUGGUACAUCCGAAAAGAAGAAAAUUAAAAUUCAAACACCUUCAUCUACAAGGACUUCAUCUAGUACAUUUAGCAGUUCAUUUUCAUCCACACCUAAACCAUCCUCAUCAUCAAAAGACAGAAAGAAACACAAAAAACGGAAGCGGCGAUAUAAAAGUGACAGUGAGGACGAUAGUGAUGAUGAUCCUGAUUUUGUGUUAUAGUUUUCAGCGAGUUUUUUUUAAGUGAUGCGUGAGUGAUGUGUGGAUGUCCCGUUGGCAAGAAGAAUACCUUGCAUAAAGCUAAAGCUAACUGGUAUGCACCACAGUUGUAAAGGACAUCUUCUACAAGGCUGUGGUCCAGUUUUAUAGGCUCAGACAGGACCAGAAUUACAAACCAAGUUUUACAACUCAGCAAUAUCAUUUUUGGAAAUAAUUCAACUUCUUGUUACCUUUUUAUGUGAAUUUGAUUUUAAGAAAAUAUAUUUCAAUUAUCCAGGGUCUAUUUGUUUUAUGUUUACUGAAUUUUAGAAUUCGGUUUUAGUACUUCUUAGUCGUCUAUAUCAAAUGAUAUUUUAGUGUGAAUUACAGUCUUUCAGAAAACAUGGUUGGUACAUUGGUUCCUGGAAGACAAAAUUAUCAACUACAAUGAAGACAGCUGAUCAGUAUAAAUGCUGAAUUUUAUGUCAGAUAUAUAUUUAACAGAAACCAAAAUUCUGAUAUUUCAUCAUCCAAAGACUAUACCUGGUAUUGUCCAAUAAAGUAACAGACAUUCUAUUUAAAGAAGUUUCACCAUAUCUGUAUUUAAAAGGAAUCUCGCAUUUUUUUUUUUUUUUUUUUUAUAGCAAUGUACAUUUUGAUUUCAGAGUUCAACUGAUAUCAGCAUGUGCCAGUUGAGUUUUUUCAUGUUUUUGUCUUCUUUUUUUCAAACGUAUAUGGGACAAAUAUUAAACAAAAACCAUGGUGUGUUUGCUGUUGACACUUAAACGGUCUGUGAUAUGCACUCUUUGUUGCGAAAGACUUGUUAAUAUCAAUAAGACUUUGACUAUGGUCUAGUUCUGGAUAUAAAUUAGGCACAUAUGAUCUUUUGACUUGUUCAAACAAUUUAAGUUUAGUUCAUAAGAAGGAAACAAUUUCUUUGAUAAAUUAAAUUAUAUCUUAUCGAAUUAACAAAUAUAUUUAUCUACUUUCUCAGUUGAGAGUCAUCAGCCUGAACACAAAUUUGUUUUGACAGCUGUGAUAAUGAGGCACGAAAUCAGUGGACUGUUAAGUAUUUGCGAGUGAAUCUUAGAUACAGAAGUGAAGGUAAAAUUGCAGUAGAUUUUUGAGAAACUGAAAUGACUUGACUUUGAAUGUUAAUAUUCGGACAGUUUUAAUUUAAAACCAAAAUGAAUUGAAUAACAAAAACAACCGUAAAUCACUUAUUAAGAUAAAUGUAACAAAUGUCUCUAAAGACUUACUAUCUUGUAUAAGUCUGUACCGACAUGUUAUAUGAUUUGUGUAAUGCCUAAGUGAUGCCUACCCUUUAUUAUGUAACAUUUGGGUUUACAAAGAUAAAAUGGUAUCAAUAUUCAAAAUGGAAAGAAACAUGCUAGCUGAUAGUAUUGUGACAGUGUUUCACAAUAAAAAAAAUUUCUUUCACCAUUCCCAAAAGAAUUGUUAAAUUACAGAUAAGUGUAAUUUUUUUUUUUUUUUUUGUUGGUUGUGAAAAUACAGUGAAUUAUGAUAUAUACAUUGAUUUGUUGGUCUUUUUCCUUUAUUUUGAUGUUCAAAGUGAUAAACUCGAAGAACCAUUCUUAGAUAUACUUAAUCUGUAGUAAAGUACAUCAGAAAUACAAUAUCCAUAACAACUUCCUGUAAAUGUAAUAUAUAUAGAAAGAAAGCAGGCUUUCAUUUUAUUAACAAAAUGUUUUAUCACCAAUAAAUGGAAAAAGUGCAAGAUAUUUUUCUUAGCUGUUUGAUGAAUGUUGGUGGAAAGUCUAAUAUCUAGUGUGGAUGUGAAAGUUUGCGAUACACAUGGGCAUGAAAGAAAUUGAGCAUAAUUGGUACAAAUUACACAUACAUCGUUUUUGUCCUAUUUUAUAAUGUAAAUACAAAGUUGUUUAUGUUGUCAAUCUGCUGCUGUUCAUAUUUAUCAUUACAUUGAUAUGUUAAAUACUGCAUAUUUUAUCAAAAUUCAUCCGAUUGCCUCUUUUUUAUCAAAUAUCAUGUCAUGUUAUGUUUCAUUGUAUGAAAUCUCUCAUUUUCUCACCCUGUAAAUCUAUAGCUGUCAUGAAGUAUUUAUUUUAUUAUAAAAAAAGACCGUUGACUCUUUAACAAAUCAUCUUUCUUAUUGAAUCCAUUGAAUCACAAGUGAUGUCUUCAUUCCCAAAAGUUUGUGAACUGAGAAAGUAGAUAAAAAAAGUUAUUUGAAAUAAUAAAA